GCUGUCUCUCACCAAUAACAUUGUAAUGUAACUCUCUCCGAGGCUUUGGUCUAGCUUUCCCAUUCUUCAACACUUCCUUUCUCAUCAUACUGUUCAAGCUUUUCUCUUUCACCACCCUACCCUGCAUUCACUUCUCUUUCUCUCUGUUAUGUUCUCUUUUCCGAAACUCAAACCACCUACGCCAACCUUGCCUCACUUUCACUGACCCUCUUCUUUCCCUUGUGUUCUGGAUUUCCUCCAACGGUUACUUAGUUGGGGGCAGAAAAAAAAUGCUUCCUUUCGUUUUCCUUUUUUUUCUUCUAUGCUGCAAUUCUCUUGCACCUGUUGUGCAUUCUCUGAAUGCCGAAGGCUCUGUGCUUUUGACACUAAAACAGUCCCUCACAGACCCACAAGGCUCCAUGAGUAACUGGAACUCUUCUGAUGAGAACCCUUGUUCAUGGAAUGGGAUCACUUGCAAGGACCAAACCGUUGUGUCCAUUAGCAUCCCAAAGAGGAAGCUCUAUGGCUCUCUUCCCUCUUCUCUAGGAUCUCUCUCCCAGCUCCGCCAUGUCAACUUCAGGAGCAACAAGCUCUUUGGAAACUUGCCUGCACAGCUCUUUCAGGCUCAGGGACUGCAAAGUCUGGUGCUUUAUGGUAAUUCAUUUUCUGGGUCGGUUCCAACUGAGAUUCAGAACCUCAGGUACCUUCAAACUCUUGAUUUAUCACAAAAUUUCUUCAAUGGGUCAUUGCCUGCUGCAAUUGUCCAAUGCAAGAGGCUCAAAACCCUUGUUCUCAGUCAGAACAAUUUCACUGGCCCUUUGUCAGAUAGGUUUGGUACUGGUCUGGUUUCUCUGGAAAGACUAGACCUUUCUUUCAAUCAGUUCAAUGGGUCAAUUCCUAGUGAUUUGGGAAACCUGUCGAGCCUGCAAGGAACUGUUGAUUUGUCUCAUAAUCAUUUUAGUGGUUCAAUCCCAACUAGCCUUGGUAAUCUGCCUGAGAAGGUUUACAUUGAUCUUACUUACAACAAUUUAAGUGGUCCAAUACCCCAAAAUGGUGCUUUAAUGAAUAGAGGACCAACUGCUUUCAUUGGCAAUCCUGGUCUAUGUGGUCCUCCUUUGAAGAACUCAUGUGGUUCUGAUACUCCAUCUGCUACUUCACCUUCCUCAUUUCCAUUUAUUCCUGAUAACUACCCACCUCAGGGUGGUAAUGUUUCCAUUGGAGGUGAGAAAAGCAAAGGGUUAAGCAAGGGAGCUGUGGUUGGCAUUGUUGUGGGUGAUAUAAUUGGAAUUUGUCUUUUAGGUUUGCUGUUCUCUUUUUGCUACUCAAGGGUAUGUGGCUUUAACCAGGAUCUGGAUGAAAAUGGUGUUAGCAAGGGAAGGAAAGGAAGUAAAGAGUGCUUCUGCUUCAGGAAAGAUGAAUCUGAGGCCCUAUCUGAUAACAAUGUUGAGCAAUAUGAUCUUGUCCCAUUAGAUUCCCAUGUGACCUUUGAUUUGGAUGAGCUUCUCAAGGCUUCAGCUUUUGUUCUGGGUAAGAGUGGAAUAGGGAUUAUGUACAAAGUGGUACUUGAAGAUGGACUUGCUUUGGCUGUGAGAAGACUGGGGGAGGGAGGUUCUCAAAGGUUUAAAGAGUUCCAAACAGAAGUAGAAGCAAUAGGGAAGUUAAGACAUCCAAAUAUUGCAACUCUAAGAGCCUAUUACUGGUCUGUUGACGAGAAGCUUCUCAUAUAUGAUUAUAUACCCAAUGGAAGCCUUGAUACAGCAAUUCAUGGGAAGGCCGGAAUUGUCACAUUCACACCACUAUCUUGGUCCUAUAGAUUGAAGAUCAUGAAAGGAACUGCAAAAGGACUGGUCUAUCUGCAUGAAUUUAGCCCCAAAAAAUAUGUCCAUGGAGACCUCAAGCCAAGUAACAUACUUCUUGGCCAUAACAUGGAACCUCACAUUUCUGACUUUGGAGUUGGUCGCCUUGCAAACAUCGCUGGAGGGUCCCCAACCUUGCAAUCCAACCGAGUGGCUGUAGAGAAAGUACAGGGAAGACAAAAGAGCAUGUCCUCUGAAGUCACAGCCAAUGUUUUGGGAAACGGUUAUCAGGCACCAGAAGCACUGAAAAUGGUGAAGCCAUCACAGAAGUGGGAUGUUUAUUCAUAUGGUGUGAUAUUGUUGGAAAUGAUUACAGGAAGAUCAUCCAUUGUCCAAGUUGGUAACUCAGAAAUGGACCUUGUUCAGUGGAUUCAGUUCUGCAUUGAGGAAAAGAAGCCACUCUUAGAGGUGUUGGACCCUUACUUGGCUGAAGAUGCAGAUAGGGAGGAGGAGAUUAUUGGGGUUUUGAAGAUUGCGAUGGCUUGUGUCCAUAACAGCCCUGAAAAGAGACCUACAAUGAGGCAUGUUCUUGAUGCUUUGGAUAGAUUGACCAUUUCCUCUGAUUGAGAAAUUUCAUGGGGCCUUGCACUGUGAAUCCAGCUCAUUUGUGAAGCUCUUUUAUGCCUUUACUCUUAGUCACAUUUAAAUGAAUGUCUUCAAGUUGAUGAAUCCUUGUAAUUGGAUCAGUAGAAGAGAAAUUGAAUUUGUUUUUAGCAAAUAUAAACUUUUCUGAUA